UGAGAUCCAUGAUAUUUUAAAAAGAUACCUAAGGAAAUUCGAAUUUAGGUUAGACUGAAUAACUUUAACGAGUGAUAAUGAUUCGGUAUAACACGCCUAUUCUAAACUUGUCUCAUUUUUCCCUCGUACAAUAUUUUUUUGGCGUUUAUAACCGCGUCCGAGGAUCAGCACCUCGAAAUCCAAGAAUGGCGUUUAGUGCCAUAUUGAUGAUUUAUUUUGAGUUUUUCCUGCAAAUUCUGCCAAGAUACCUCAUUUUUCAUGAAACAUCUUGCAGUAUUAAUAACUUAACUAAUGGAAUGGUGUGUUUCUUUAUCUAUUCCAAAUUAAACAUCGCUAUGUCCUCCGUGAGUUCACAAUACUGACAUUAAUUAGGGUAGGCCAUAUUCAUUUUGGGUUUCCAUGUAGUUCUUUAAACCCAUUUAGCAGGUUCAGUCUUCUUGUUUUACUAUAGUUGGACCAGUUCUUUUACGUUGUCUUCAUUUCCAUUUUUUUCCAAUAAAUGAAAGAACCAUUGUUCCUUUUGCCUAUUUUUAUUAACCGACCAGGGUAUAUCAAAUUUUUCACGAAGUUUGUAACACUCUACACCACUAUAGCAUAUAGCUACCACAUACACUAACCGAUCCAAAUAAAGUUCUUGUAAGAAAAACUUUUUUAUUUGGAAAAUUAUCUUCACGAAAUUUUAGCUCAGAUUAUUGCCCGAGCACUAUAUCAUAUACGAGUAGUGUAGCUGUCGUACAAACUGAGCGCUACAAAAGGUAUUAUAACAUAGCUUUAGUGUAGUCGAAGUUAACAUUUUUUCUUAUUUUUAUUUAAAUUGAGUCAACUAAAGACAUUUACUGAAGCUUAACUCUGGGCGAAAAAUGAAGAGCUUAUCCAUAUGGCAUUUCGCUUCAACCCUGCAACUCAUUCGAGCUCAAGAAAUAAUCCGCAGUUUAUAUCAAUGGUACUCGUUGUCUUUGUGGGUUGAGAUUACGAGCUGUCCUACUUUCCUUACCCCAAUGAAAAUAAUAAAAUAAUAUUAGAAUUGGUAUUUCAUUAUAAAGCCCCUUAAUGAAGCUUUUAAUGCAAGAUGACAUUGUUUUUGUAAUACAAUAGCUUAAUGAAUAGUACAAAGUUAUUAAAUCAAUCGUUUAUUGUUAAAAUUGAUUCUUAAUAUCUGCAUACAUAAAUGCAAAUCGCUUUCGUACUCAGAACGUAAUUGAAAUUUAUUUUUAUAUCGCACAGUUUAUUCCGUUAUUUGUUCCAAUCAUGCUUUCAAUAGCUUUCAGCAAACAAUUGCAAUCACCACUUGCCUCGUCGAAGUCAUCUGAAGAAGACUUCACAAACAAAUGAACAAUUUGUUGUCGGUUUCGUAGCCCAGCAGCAGUUAAAGUGCUUGGAAUUUUAAAUUUUAGUAAAAUGCAAUUGUUGUCUCAUUCAAUCACAAAUAAUAUCAUGCAAAGAUAACAUUUUCAAACUUAGCGCCAAGUUUUCAUUUCUAUAACAUUGGCAACACUGCUUAUACCGCCGUUUACAUACUGCAACUAAAACUAACUGUGUUAGCAGAAGAGAGUAGUGGCAGAAGUCAAGAGCGUAAGAGAGUUGAAAUACCCACUAGCACACAUAUUCAUACAUCAUACACACGUUCAAAGUGUGUGUGAGUGUGCGUAUGUUUCGCCAGCCGACCGGUAGACCAAGCAACAAAGUUAUGUGAAACCGACAGAAUUGCGGUUUAAUUUACAUCUAACAACGACAUAGCAAAUGCUUAAGUUCUGCUGCACACUCGCUUUGCUACAACCGUACGCAAGCUGAGCAUGAAAGCGAGUUAACGGCGGUAAUGAAUGCAAUGCCAAACAAAAGCCACAAGUAGCAAAUGCUUGAAGGAAUUUUUGUUGGCGUCAUUGCAACUCACUCGUUUCGCUUCCAAACCAAACUGGUAGAAAGAAUAUACUUAAAUGUAUACAUAUGUACAUAUGCAUGUGUGUAUGCGUGUAUGUGUGUAUGUAUGUGUAGCUUAAGUGUGGAUGAGCACCUCUGUCAUAUUGAAUACAUAUGGACUUUCGUUGGCUUGACAUACGAAUAUGGCAAGUUACACACACACACACAUACUCUUUAUUUACCAACAGUUAACGGAGGUACGAGGCUUCGUCGCGGAAGGUGGCAGCAUAAAAUUUAGCUACUAAGUUCAAUCCUAUAUAAUAUCUUAUAUAAAGUUUUACCUCAUAUAAUAAAUAAAAAAUUAGCGGUUUUUAGCUAGUUUUAGUAGUGCUGAGGCUUGUCUAACAUAUGUUAUAUGAAUAUGAAUUGUUUUUCAACCAGAAUUGUAAAAAUAUAUAAUUUAAUAAAAAAAUUCCUUUCAUUUUAACCAUGAAAAUAGACUCAGCGCACACAAAAACCAAACUAGAACUCCGAUAAAUCAGCGACAAAAUUUCUCCUAAUUCUUUUUUCGUUUUACUUCCCCUCACAAAGCAUUUAGCUAGAGUUUACUCAAUAUUAGAGCAAUGUUAUUUAAUUAAAAUUUUCGAAUGCGCAUAUUGUACAUAGCAGACAAGAUCACAUGCAGACACAAGAUUAAAUACAAUAUAUUGUAUUAUUUCAGUAUCUUGCUUUCAGCUUCUGCUGCUUCAUGCACACAUUUUGCUACCACACUAACUAGUUGUUUUCGAUACUUUUUAUUAUUAUUUUCUUUUAUUUUUUUAUUUGUGGUAAAACGAGUUUUCAAACUGUGAGUUGGAGUUCGCUAUUUUUUUUGCUUGCUUAACUCGCCUUGUCUGAUUCUCUCAUGUGCAUACAUCAGCUACAUCGGCUUACCAAUCUAAGCGCGUAUUGGUGUUGACUGCUGGCGCAAACUUCUGGCCAAGCAGCCAGGCGCUCGUCAUACAUUCGUACGUCGUGAACUGAGCUGAGCGGUCGCUUUUGUACUUAACUUGGCUUAACACUACUUCCAAUGCCCGACAUUGCUCAUUCGACGCUUGUGAGUUAAAACAUUUAAUAUUUCAUAGCACAUGUUUGGUAGUUAUUAAAUUUGUUCCAUGAAAGCUGUGCUUUUGCUAAAAAUAUAAAAAUUCUGGUGAAAAUUCGAAGUGAAAAAUAAAGUGAAAACCUAGAAGAGCGAGAAAGUUGUGAAAAUAACUGUGCAUUAAAGCGUGCCAGCAUACCGUUUGCACAAGCCAUCAAAUACACAAAUACAUAUGCAUAUAAAUAUAUAUAUAUACGUAUAUGUAUAUAGAUUUUUUGUGUCGCCUGAUGCAAGGGUGUGUGUGUGCAGCGUUUGAAUGCACUUGUAGACGCCACGACCAGCUACCAACGGCACUUACCGCAGCUAACGCUGGGUAUAUAAUGUAAAUAUUUACGUCGGACUAAUAAAAAGUGCUUUAACGGUAGUUUUAAUAAGCCAAGUGAACAGUACAACAAAAACAACAAAAAAGAGAAACAACGCUUAAAAUAGCAAAGAAAAAGUGAAAAAGUUUAAAAACAAAUAGCGGAAACAGCAAGAACCCUCUAAAAGGCCAAGAGCAGCAGAGUUACCACAAAAGAACCGUUAGUAAUAGCCAUUCAGACACGGGAGUUUGGUUAUAUAUAGCCAUUAGACGUUAAACAAAAACAAAGUGCAAGCAACUAAAUGAAGCUAAGGAUAAGUAUAAGAGAGCAAUAACAACAACACCAACACUACUAACACAACAGUUAGAAUUGGCGACAACAGCAUCAGUAAUAGUGAUAAUAAGAGCAUUAUCACUAAAGAGCCAGCACGUUGUGGACAAAAUAUUAACAACAGCGCCCAUAAAAACAACAACAAUUUCCCAUAAUUCAAAACGACCAUCGUUUAAUGACUACAGCACAACAACAAUUUCACAGAAAUUCAUAAAUCAAGCGAAGUAAGCAUCAGCAAAAUAUAUAGGGGAACAACGUCCAGUCCAGUACAGUUAUUUAUUUGGGCCAUUCAUUGAAACAAGCUAUCCACUUAACCACCUAAAACGAUCAUACUGAGCGAUUAUAAACUCAAAAAGACUCGCUACGCAACAGACCUACCCACCGAAGGAAAAUUAUAUACUUACAUACCGACGAAAGUACAGAGAACCGGCGGAUAGAGGAAGUACAUUUACCAGUCGAAACGAAGCAUCAGGCUAAUCUCAGUUUCUGCAUUAUUGUUGUGGCACAGGAGGAGUAUUCACAGUUGCACUGGCGCACUACAGACAACACUUCAAUAGCACCAACAACCACAACAACGCCCCCAAUUUCGUUGCCGGCGUUAGUGGUGGUGGUGUCGGUGCUGGCGCUGGAGUUCCUGCCAUUAUGGAAGGCCCCGAGGUGACUUUCCUCUUUCAAUUUGGCAGUUUGCGCGAUGCUGUUUCUGUGGCCGCCAGCAGUUUGACGCUGAAGUCGCUUAAGGACUUAGCAUGUGAAUUUAUCAAUACAAAGAUACCCGACAGUGGUUUGACACAUUUACCAGAACGUGUGCUACUCUUUCGUCAUGACUACAACAGUCCAAAUGUGUUGCACAUUAUCAACUCGGCUUCGGAAGUAGUCGACGAGACUUUGGUAGAAAUUGUACUGACAGCCAGCCCUAUUUUGUAUCCCACAUCGGAAAUGCCAACACUAAAACCACAUACGCUCAAUGUACAUUCGUACAAAGCGCCAACAUUUUGUGAUUUUUGUGGUGAAAUGCUGUUCGGCUUGGUGCGCCAAGGACUCAAAUGUGAUGGUUGCGGCCAAAACUAUCAUAAACGCUGUGUGGUAAAAAUACCCAACAAUUGCAGUCGCCCGAAUGAUUCAACCUCGAGACGUUCGUCGGCUCUACAGCCGCCACGCAGUCCUUCGGGUGGUUCAACACAAUCACUAAUCUCGAACGAGGACCAGGCGCGAAGUGAUGGCGGUAGCUCACUGAAUGUACCGCAUUAUCGCAGUCACAGUCGCUCUCCGUCCUCAAGUAGCCGUAAUGGUACCCAUGGCAGUAAUCAUUGCCUCGGCGCCAAUAUAUCCAUGUACACACCCACGUUUGCUUACGCCGAAAAAAUACGCAUUCCACACACCUUCAUGGUACACACAUAUGGCAUACCGACCGUAUGUCAAUACUGCAAGAAACUGCUGAAGGGUCUGUUUAAGCAAGGUCUACAAUGUAAGGAUUGCCAAUACAAUGCGCAUAAGAAGUGUUUAGACAAAGUGCCACACGACUGUACCGGAGAGCGACAGUUACAAGUAAACGAUUAUGCGGACAACACGCCUACACAUGGGCAUGCAUCGAAAGCAGGUGACAACUUCUUCCGCGAAGAGUUCGAUGACAGUGAUUUCGAGGACAAUCCGUCGCCAAGUGCUAGCGGUGCCUAUAUGAGUAGCGCGACACAUAAGUAUGGUACAGCGGCUACUGGAGCAAAAUCUGUGCGUACAGGUGCGCCAAAGACCACAACGAAUGCCCACAAUUCUCCACCGGAAUUGGUUAAUGGGCUGGUCGGUAGCACGGAUGGGCGCGGUGCAUAUACGGAUUCACGUAGCGCCGGCGAAGGACAGUCAAUUGAUGGCCAAUCGGAGCAAUCGAGCUCCUCGUCAUCGCCCAGUGCCAAUAUACCUUUAAUGCGUAUCGUACAAUCAGUGAAACACACAAAGAAACGUGGCGGCCAAGCCAUCAAAGAGGGUUGGCUGGUCCACUAUACCAGCUUAGAUAAAACAGUGAAACGAUACUAUUGGCGUUUGGAUUCGAAAACUCUAACGCUGACACUGUUCCUCUCCGAACAGGGUAGUAAAUAUCAUAAAGACAUACCGCUAUCUGAAAUUCAAGGUAUAGACACAAAUCGCGAUUUGCGCGUAGACAACAACUUUUGCUUCGAACUUAAGACAGCUUCGAUCAGCUAUUAUGUGGGACAAGAUCCAUUGGUGGGCAUACGUGAAGAACAAGCGGUAAGACUGCCGCCCUCAGACAGCGGAAUUGGCUCCGACAUUGCCAAGAGCUGGGAGACAAUCAUCAGGCAGGCCUAUAUGCAUGUAACAAACACACAAUGCUGUGAGUCUGAAGAAAACGUACAGGAUAUGGGACAGCUGUAUCAAAUAUUCCCGGAUGAAGUGCUUGGUUCGGGUCAAUUUGGUGUUGUUUACGGUGGUGUUCACAAAAAAACCAAACGUGAAGUGGCCAUUAAAGUGAUCGAUAAGUUGCGGUUUCCUACCAAGCAGGAAGCACAACUCAAAAAUGAAGUUGCCAUAUUGCAGAACAUUUCACAUUGUGGUGUUGUGAAUUUGGAGCGCAUGUUUGAGACGCCUGAACGAAUAUUUGUCGUGAUGGAAAAGCUUAAGGGUGAUAUGUUGGAGAUGAUUCUUUCGCACGAGCGCGGACGUCUCAGCGAACGAGUAACGAAAUUUCUCAUUACACAGAUACUCAUAGCCCUAAAACAUUUGCAUAGCAAAAAUAUUGUGCAUUGUGACUUGAAGCCGGAAAAUGUCUUGCUCUCCUCCGACGCCGAAUUCCCACAAGUCAAACUGUGUGAUUUCGGUUAUGCCAGAAUUAUUGGUGAGAAAUCAUUUAGGCGCUCAGUUGUGGGAACACCAGCCUACUUGGCACCUGAGGUGUUGCGCAACAAGGGCUACAACCGCUCAUUGGAUAUGUGGAGUGUUGGUGUUAUAAUUUAUGUCAGUUUGAGCGGCACGUUCCCCUUCAACGAGGAGGAGGAUAUAAAUGAUCAGAUCCAAAAUGCCGCUUUCAUGUAUCCCCCAAAUCCAUGGAAGGAGAUCUCCUCUAAUGCCAUCGAUCUCAUCAACAAUCUGCUACAGGUGAAGCAGCGGAAGCGCUACACGGUCGAUAAAAGUCUACAGCAUUAUUGGCUUCAAGAUAAGCAAACCUAUAGAGACUUGCGCAAUUUGGAGGGUCAAGUGGGCACACGCUAUCUAACGCAUGAGGCGGACGACAUACGAUGGGCCAGUAGCGGUGAUAUGUGACCUGUUGAUGUAGAAACCGAUAAAGCCGAUAAACAGGAAACAAACCACGAAGACAAAGUGCAACAAGAGGAUAAACACCAACAGCAAUUUGCACAAUUGUCAGUCGGUGAGCAACAACGACCACGUCAACGUCAAAAGUCAUCCAUAGAACAACAACCACAUCAACACCAACAAAUCGAUGCUGAAUCUUGUGGGUGUCGCAGUUUACCCAACACGCCAAAGGUGGAAGCUAUCGGUGAUAAGGCCAUCAAAUGGAUGCGUGGUCAUCUGUGUCGGAAUGUGAAAUGAGAUGAUUUAUAUACAAACACGCAUACAUAGAUAAACAAAGUACGUGACGUGAAUAUGAAAUCUAAUUUGAAAAUCCUUAGAAAAAGCCAUGAAAGCAUAACAAAUUUUUCGUGAAUAUUUAUAGAAAUUAGUGAACUAACUACAACUACUACAUACAUAUUAUAUAUAUGUACAUACAUAGUACGCAUAUACAAAAUUCUCUAAAGUGCCCAAUAGGCGAAUUUGUUUCUUUACAAAUUUAUCUAUAACUAACAUAUGAACAAAAAGUCCAGUAAUCGAAUUACAGUAGUAUUUACAAUUGUCGGCUAUGGAAGCACAUAUUGCUCUAAUUCUUAAAGCGUGCGCUAAUCGAAAGCAAAUAAAAUUAUUAUUAUUACCUGAAGCAAGGGACUCUAUGCAACUUGAUUAUACAAAAUAUCGCUAGUUAUUGGUAAAACUUGAUUCUUAAAAUAUUUGUCUAACUUAUUUUUUAUACGCUGAACAAGGUAUAUUAAGUUUGCCACGAAGUUUGUAACACCCAAAAAGAAACGUCGACCCCUGUGAAAUAUAUACAAAAAUGAUCAGCAUGACAAGCUGCGUCGAUUUAGUCACAUCCGUCUGUAUGUCUGUUUAUACGCCAACUAGUUCCUCAGUUUUUGAGAUAUCGAUAUAAAGUUUUAAACACGUUUUUUUCUCCCCAAGAAGCUGCACGUUUGUCAGAACCGCCGAUAUCAGCUCACUAAAACGUAUAGCCUAUAAAGAAGUUUUUUCUUGUUUAUUUCCUCAGAUUAAGCACGUUUUCGGCAAUGGAGCACUGUAACUGCAAAUGUUUAUAGUAUAUAGAAUUUUCCUCUAAACCGUACCUUACUCGAUUUUCGUAUGGAAUUGUAAUUGACUUUUACUUAGAAUACUUAUAAGCACAACAAAAAAGGAAAAUAAUUAAAUUACACUUAUAAAUAAACACAUUUAAAUAUUACUAAGUAUGCCAAAUAAUGGCAAAUAAAUUACAAAUGCUUACAACAACUAAACCAUAGUGCUAAAUUUUUUCUCCGAAUUCUAUACACCAAACCUAUAAAGGGAUAGAUAAUACCAUUAUAAUAGAUUAACAAAAACCAAACAUAGACUCCAUGUUAUAUAUUCUAUGUAUAAUUAUUACGAUCGCUAAGAUCAGUCUUAUGAUAUAAUGUGUUAUAAGUAUGGUGCGCAUCUUUAUUUUUUGAAAUAAAUAUUGAAUAUUUUGCUAAUAAGCAAAAUGUAA